AUGGCGAACAUUAUCAAGUCAAUUAUACUGAAGACUUGCCAUGCAAUCAAGAGUUGAGAUAUCUUCGGCAAGAAAAUUACCCUUAAUUACAAAGGAAAUGAAAAGCAUCAAACUUUUAUUGGUGGCUAUGCUAGUAUACUCUUCAUUCUCACUAUUCUUGGGUAUACUACUUAUCUCUUAAGAGAUAUGUUCAGAAAGGACCCAAUUGUAUACAGCACUAGUAGAGUAAUUAAAGAUUUAACAACUGAUACUACUGAGCAUAAACCAGCAGACCAUGGCUUUGCAGUUGCUCUUGGGUUCAGAUACCGUAACGUGAGUCUUCUUGAUGAAGAACUUUUGAAAAAGUACAAAGUAGCCGCUUACCAAUACCACUCAAUUAGUGAUCCAGUAAAUGGAGGUUGGAUAAACAAUUGGACUGAGCUAGAUUUAGUAAAAUGUGGAGAAAAUUUUCCUUAUAAAAAUAAGACUCUAUUGGCUCAUUACAAUAUUGAUAAUUACGUAUGAAUUAAGCCAACUAAUUACUCUUUACUAGGGAACUGGUAUACAGACAUUGGAAAAGAACUGAGAAUUUUAAUUGAUAAAUGAACUUCGUAUUAUAGAGACGACUGAGAUAGUGAUGAAGACAUAUACUCAGAUGUCUUUAAAGAUUGGUUCGAUAUAAUAAUGGUAGACAAUUACUUUGAUCCCAAGGACUUCACAAAUCCCAUCAAGAGUUAUUUGACUCAGAAACACUACCACUCUUACCAAAAAGGGUUUACUGUUCACACUGAUAUAUUUUUGAAGGAGAACAAAGUUUCCAUGCAAGAAGGAUUCACUAACCUUGAGGGAGAAAACCAUGAGAAGUUUUACUCGGUGGCAAGUGAAAAGUUUGAUAAAUAUGCAUCAAGCUCUUCUACAUUCGGCAGAAUCUACAUUCAUCUUGAUCCUGAAGUUAUAACUCAUGAGAGAUCAUAUCGGUCAAUUUAUGAUGUACUAGGUAAUAUUGGAGGUAUUACUAGCCUCCUGAAUGCCUUAACAUGUGCUGUUGUUGGGUUUUAUUCUGACAUCAUUUUCAAGCACAAGACAAUUUCAAAUAUUUACACUUUUGAUGUUGAUGAGAUUGAUAAAGACACCAUAAGAGAGAACAUCAAUGAAGAUGAAGAAAACUCAAAGAGAGAAUUCACAUCUUAUGACAAAAAUAUCUUCUCUGAUAAUCUUCCGGUAGUUAGAGAACGAGAUGGAGAAGAUAAAAAGGAUUGUAACCAAGAAGAUGAGAAGGAUAGAAGUGAAGAAGAUGAGAAGGAUAGGAGUGGAGAAGAUGAGAAGAAUAGGAGUGAAGAAGAUGAGAAGGAUAGGAGUGAAGAAGACGAGAAGCAACAAAUUGAAAACCCUGUAACUGCCUCAUAUCAAAAGAUUGGCAUUUAGCCCUGAUGAUGAAAAUUUACUCAAGAAAACUCUUGAGAGCAAAAGAAGAUAUGCUUACUCUAAUUUUGAUGUUAUUUUUGGCUUUCUUUUUUGAUGUAGAAAAUUAUUUAAGAAGAAACAAAUCAACUAUGAUCUUUAUCAAAAGGGGCUGAAAAGAUAUUACCACGAUCUUGAUGCGGUUAAUAUUAUUUCUAAUUUACAUCAACUUAACAUCAUGAUGAAGGUAGUAUUCAAUGAAAGACAGCAAAUCUUGUCAAGCUUUAGCAAUUUGAGAUCUCUGGAAGAUGAUACCUCGAAGAAGCUUAGAUCAUGAGGAGUGGUUUCAAAGUAUAAGCAUAGACAUUUUAAAGCAAAAUACUCCCAGCAAAAAGAAUCUAUUAAAGGAUUAAUAGAAAAUAUGAGAAAAUCAACCCUUUCAAACUAUGAUAAACUUCUGAUUGCUCAGAUAGAUCCAAAAUUAAGUGAAACUAUGAAUUUGCUUUCUAUAAAAGAAAAAUCUUUUUCUGUUACAAAUUCCCCAAUGGAGCACAUCAGAGAUAAUUCUUAUCCAUCGAGCAGGAAAUAUUGCAAAAAACUGAGAAAGCUUAUUUAUCUGAUAUAGAACUACAUUUUUAACAAAAAAGGAACUUCUAAGAAAUCCAAAAUCAAUUCUAAAGAAGAAGACUUAGACUCCUUGGACAUUCCACAAGAAAGUAUCCAAGUUCCUACAGGAAACACACUCCUCUCAAAGACCACUAUAAUCCAGCCAGCCACAAACAUUCAUCACCUAAACAAAUCUCCCCACGAUUCCUCCUACGAUCCCUAAAUCUCCCGCCCAAAUCCCAAAUUCUAAAAGCUAACUUAAAUGUUCUGACUCUGACUUC